UCAAUAAAAACCCAUCACCUUUCUCUCACAACAAACUCAUCUUCUUCCUCUGCUAAACUCUCAUACACAAAAGUCAGCUGAAAAAAAUGUCAAAAGAAGGCAUUGAAGAAGGACAAGUUCAACAACAUGGCAAGGACUACGUGGACCCACCACCAGAACCAUUGCUUGAUUUUGCUGAACUCAAACAAUGGUCUUUCUACAGAGCUCUUAUUGCUGAGUUCAUUGCUACUCUGCUUUUCCUUUACGUUACUGUCGCCACUGUUAUCGGUCACAAGAAGUUGAACGCCGCUGAUAAAUGUGAUGGUGUUGGUAUUCUUGGUAUUGCUUGGGCUUUUGGUGGCAUGAUCUUUGUACUUGUCUACUGCACUGCCGGUAUCUCUGGUGGACAUAUUAACCCAGCAGUGACAUUUGGGUUGUUCUUAGCAAGGAAGGUGUCCUUAAUAAGGGCGGUGGGAUAUAUAAUAGCACAAUCAUUAGGUGCAAUUUGUGGAGUUGGUUUUGUGAAGGCAUUCAUGAAGCACUCCUACAACACAUUAGGUGGCGGUGCUAACUUUGUGCAACCUGGUUACAAUAAUGGCACUGCUUUGGGUGCUGAGAUUAUCGGUACAUUUGUUCUUGUUUACACUGUUUUCUCUGCUACUGAUCCUAAGAGAAGCGCCCGUGACUCCCAUAUCCCUGUGUUGGCUCCAUUGCCAAUUGGAUUUGCUGUAUUCAUGGUUCAUUUGGCUACAAUUCCUAUUACUGGAACUGGUAUCAACCCCGCUAGGAGCUUUGGAGCUGCUGUUAUUUACGACAGUAAAAAAAUCUGGGAUGACCAUUGGAUCUUUUGGGUUGGACCAUUUGUGGGAGCAUUGGCAGCAGCAGCAUAUCACCAAUACAUCUUGAGAGCUGCAGCUAUUAAGGCAUUGGGUUCUUUCCGCAGCAACGCCACCAAUUAAAACCAACCACCAAAAAUGAAAAACCAUAUUUGAUCUUUUGUUUAUUUAUUUAAUUCUAUGUGUGUAAGAGGAACUUAUGGGAACUCUUCUAGUAUGUAUUGCUUAUAAUAGUUUAAUGUUAGCCUUUGGAUGUGUAUUUAUUUAUUUAUUUAUUUAUGUGUAUGUUCAUUAGCAGUAUUAUUGAUUAUGUUUUUCAUUUCAA